ACCAAUAUCACUAUCUUUCCCAAUCAAAUGAGCAACAAAAACGCAUCCCCCUUUUCACCCUCACCGUGGCCCUGGCCGGCCUGCGUCAACAACAGCCCUAAAACUCUCUCAUUUCGCGCCAACGACGACGAAUCCGCGGUGAUCGGAGCCCUCCGAUCCGAUCGCCUCUUCUUCGAUCCAGGCGAGACGCGGUCCAUCCUCGAAGACUCGCGCCACGGCGUCAAAAUCACGGCCAUCGAUUCCUACGAUCCGUUCCUCGAUUUCAGAUCGUCAAUGGCGGAGAUGGUGGCGGCGCACGGCCUCAACAGCCUCGACUUCGAGGAGCUGCUCGCUUGUUACCUCAGACUCAACGACAGAUCCAAUCACGGCUACAUCGUCGCCGCCUAUGUCGAUUUGCUCAUCAACCAUCACCAUUGCUCUUCCUCCGCACAUUAUUCCUUCACAUCGCCUCUCUCCUUUUCCUCCUCCUCCUCCACCGGCUAUAGCGAACACCAAAUCGCCGCCGGUUUAUCGGAAUUUUUUCCGAUGAAAAUGUAAUUGUAGAGAGAGAGAUUAGAAAAAUCGGCUACACGUGUAAACAGAUUACACGGCUGCAUUUAAUGUUACACUACACUACUACUAGUAUUCAUUAAAACUUUGAAAUUAAUUUAUUUUAGAUCGUCUGUAUAUUGUACUCCUUAAUGUGUUUUUGAA